AUUCUAUGUGCUGCACUUUGUUUGAAGAUUUCAUUCCCCUCGACAGGAAGAGCAUGAAAUAUUAGCAAUUCCCUGCUCAGGGUUCCUGUGCCCUGGUCGAUCUAUUGAUGGGAUGUGUCCACUUGGGCUUGGGCGGGCUGGCUGAUGAUGGAUGCUUGAGUUCUUCCCUACCAUGCGCAUGCAGCUGAUAGCUAGACUUUGUUUACGCAUGACCAUGGCCACGACCAUGACCAUGCCUCUUUUUGGCGAAUUGUGUUUUUUCGAAGUGGAGGCAUCCAUGGUCGGGUGGUUUGGCACGCCACAGAGUGUGACUUUGUCUGUCCAGGGCAGCAUGAGGAGCCGGUUUCCUACGUCUGGUGUUAUGUUGAAGCGGCUGAUGAUGGCCUGUGUUCGUCCCAUUGCUUGGGGUCUCUAUAUUGCUAUACUUGUCUUCUUCACCGCGACAUCAUUCCCUUGCUAGACCUCCAUUUUUGUUGUCGCUUUUGGCAUCGCCGAUAAGAGCCUCCCGAUGAUCCAUUCUUCGCCCGGUGCGCGUAUCAUAAACCACACAAAUUCCACCAUUCACCCACCUGCCUAUCAGUCCUGUAUUGAUAGCCAUUCUACAACCAAGAGCGUCCGCUGGUCGGAAGCUUCCUUCAUGGUCACGGUCAACCUUGCUCUCAACCUGCUGCCGAACACGGACGGCCGGUCGGCACAUUGAUGGAUUCAAGUCUCAUCCGUUCUUGAUGAGCUGCAAAUGCGACUGCGACUGUAGCAACGACACUGACUCGAAUGCCACAUUUCGUACAGGCCAUCCACUUGGGUGUUUCCCCUGCUCAGAACUGGAGGAACACAACACGCCCGAGCCGUCCAUUCUUGCUUUUGUUUUGUCCACCGUAUCAUCUAGCUUGGCUUUACUGGUACUCAAUUGACUUGGCUUAACACAAAGAAGGCCCUCUUCCACUUGCAAGCCCUUGGCAAGGUCUUUAUUAGCCACCAUUUCAUUCCACGCCCCCCCCCCCCCCCCCCCCGUCAUCUAGAUCUGACCUACCUAUGUAUAGUUCGUUUUCAUUUUAUUCGCUGGUACGGAGUAGUCCAACUACCUUACCUAAACGCCUCCUGCGCUUCCACUACUGGAGUCCGCGUCCACUGGUGCUCACCCAGGCCAAGCCUCAAGUUAGCAUUCACUUCUAAUAUCUUACUUCCAUUGCCCAACCUGCAUUGCACUGUCCACGACAUCAACCGGCUCUUCCACAAAGCAAGGCUGUAGACAAACGAGAGCGGUGUCUUUCCAUAAUGAAACUAUCGUAUCUACCCGAGAACUUAAGACCCUACCCUGUGUCCUAAACAGGCCCAGCCAACAGCCCGGUCUUUGAACCGAGACGAGCGAGAGCCUAAGUUAGUCCAGACAGUGGGAGCCAGAUCGUGCAAGAGACGACAAAGCCUCCGAGUUAACGUUAACCGUCGCCCUUCCGUGUUGCACCUUCGAUUUAAUUAGUACCUAGCUUGCCUAGGUAGUAGGUAGCUCUGUGAUCUGUUGAUUUCACUCUCAGCCAGCCUGUCCCUGCAACCCACAGCAUCAUCACCACCCGUCUGCCGUCUGGCCCCAGGGAGUCUGGCCUGGUCUCAUUCGUACAAGCCGUGGCAUUCGUUUUAUUCUUUACAUUUCUUUCUCUUGUCUCUCACUUGGUCUCUGUCCCCCACACCGUUUUGUUCUCCUCCUCCUCUCCUCUCUCUUUCUCUCUCCCACCUCACUUCAGUCUUCUUUCUUCCAACCCUCUCUGCAUUUCACUCUUCCCAUCGACUUCUCGUAGAUGCAACGCCGUCCGCUCACACCCCGCCUCAUCCUCGUCGCAGAACGCCGCCGCUAGAGCUGAAACUACGUCGUCAUCGGCGUUAUCGCAAAUAUCCGAUAACGAAAGACUACGACUGCCCCUCAUCAUCAUACUUAUUCGCCCGUGGCUGCUCUUCUACCGCCCCACGACUGCUUGCCUGCCCUUCUGACGCUCUACUCUGCUCUCAAUCUCCCAUCUGCCUCGGGGCCCGGAGAGUUUUGAACUCAUGACCACAACCUAUCUGCGUUCCCCGAUUACCGUUUUGUGAUUGCAACGUGCUACCGAUAGUCCUAGUCCAGCACAUAUAAUACGAAUACACAUUUCACUCGUCUUCUACGUGGAGCCCUCGUGCAAUCAGCAUCCGUCAGCGUUCUUCCCACCCUCUUUGUGCUUCGAAAUCCCGGAGCUGUCUUCACGAUCGCGCUCGCCUUUAUCAAGUUCCAGUGAGCUGCAGCUGGACUUGUGUCUGCGCAGCUCCAUUGGUUUGUGAGCCAGAUUGGGCCCAAUACCAUUUUCAAGCCGUUUGCCUAGAAUGGAUCCUAUGGAUUUCAUGCUAUCAAGCAACCACCGGGCUUCAGGCCACUAUGACCCUGUGCAUUCUGCCUCAAACCAUUGGGCACCACAUUCUCAGACACAGAACUUACCUGCGUAUCCAUGGCACGCCCAAAACCCGAGCUUACCUCACAUCUACUCACAUCCCUAUACCAUGCCGCCACACAGCUCUGUUCCAGAUCCGUAUGGGCAUCAUGCAACUAUGUUACCACCAAUGUUAGGCAUGCCGUCUCCGGGCCCGUUUGCAGGUAGCAUGCCUGGGCCAGCAUCGCCACGGCCAAGUGGCCGUGCUCAUGCGUAUCGCAACAGUAUGCCGGCUACCGUUGCUCCAAUGCCUUCUAGUACUGGUAGCUACAGUCAUGAUGCAGCAUUCGCAAACCAAAUUCCUGCCAACAGACCUUCAGAUUUUCAGCCUCCGGGACUCGGUCUAGGCAUGCCUCCCCUCGGAGCCGGCCACCAGGAAGUUAAUUCACUACACCGUUCGGCAUAUGUCCAUGGCGACUCAAGCGCCAAUGGCAUCAAUCAUAGUAACACUGGUUACUUUCCACAGUUUCUCCCAGCCCCGCUACCCCCUCAAACUUACAUCCCAUCGUCGACAAGAAGAGGCCACUUCACUUCUACAUCGUCAUCUUCCAGACCAUUCGGUAAUCUUCCCUCUCCAACCAGGCCUCCUCCUUCAUCAUCUGGAUUUCGUCGAUCUCACCCCCGACAACGCAGGCGCAUAAUGUCAAUGGAGUCUGGACACGACGACAACGGGGAUGACCGGUAUCAUGGCCAUCAUGAGCAUGUUCUCCACAGUCCGAACAGUUCCGAGUCAUCACCAGAGGUGGAGGAGGCCUUGAUCCGACAGAUGCAAUUUGUCAGAGGCUCUUUAACGACGAAGAUGGUGGCUUCCCAGCUGACGCUCCAGUCCCUCGUGAGCAUCAAGCUUGAGGACUUGGCAGAGACAGACCGAAGUUGUGUAAUUUGCUAUAACGAAUAUGGCGUUGAUACUCCAGAAGGUAUUAAAGAGGCUCCCCUCCGUCUACCGAAAUGUGGACAUGUCUUUGGCGACCACUGCAUCAAGAAGUGGUUCGAGGAUUCGGAUAGUUGCCCAUACUGUCGAGACAGACUACAUUCAGAGCCUAAGGCACAGACGAAUUCGUCCGCCACCGCGUUCCUAAGCUUCAUGAGAAAUAGAGGCGCGAGCAUUCAUCCAGCGAUGAUAGCAAGUGGUCCGCACGAUGAGGUUCUGGCACGGGCAAUUAUGGCCACGUAUGGAGCCUCAGACCCGCUGAACAACAGCUCGCGUCGAUAUUCUGCACAAGUACCUGGAGAGGGAAGGCCGCCGCCUAGAGAAGGUGUUGAACACCAGCACCGUCGACUUCGAACCCGGUACGGCAGUUCAUCCACACGUGACAGCUUGGCCUCACCUGAAAAUCGCAGCCAGGCAACGUCGACAUCCUCACAGCCUGUAACGGCUGGUUCUGGUCUAUCAGCCAUACCGCACCAAACCGAAAGUCCGCUCACGGAGAGACAGAUACAAGAGUGGACAGGUGUACCCACCCAGAACGCAAGCGAUGGGUCGACGACGAUCCGGGGUCACAACGCUGAAACCGAAUCAUCGACUGGAGCGACGCCAGUAGUCUUGCCGAUCUCACCUUUAUAUGCAACACAAGAGGAUGAGGCUCAACACUCGAAUCUGAGGACUCUUCGAAACCCAUUACAAACACAGACGAGUUCCCCAUUUGAGGGUCUGGGGAACAACGAAGCGGCACCAGAUAUGGCAUAUCACGGCAACCGCAAUUGGUAAUGUGCCAUUUUGUGACAUAAUCUUGACUGUAUCUCCCGAAAGAAUUGGAAGAAAGGGUGGCGGGGCAAAGAACGAUGGAGAACAGAUGCGUUUGCGAUAACCUGGUCGGUGGCUCCUUGGAGUACGGGAUCGCAGUCGCAGCACAGUAGAUGGACUUUUGAUAUGGAAAUUCGGGACUCGCAUAAUACAUGAGGUCAGAGGCCUUUUGGCACGAGUUGGCGUUGAGUACGAUGAUAUGGUCAUGGUUGAAAACGCACCAGAUCAAGGGAUUUUUGGUAUGUUUCUGGUUGAUACCACCAAUGAUUGAUUGAGAGGGAAGAGUUUUGAUGGGGCACAUGCAAAGAGACUGAACUGUUUACUGCUCCGUAUCCAGCCAGUGACCUAUCACUGUAGCGGAAUUAGCGAAAAUAUCAAAUGAAAUACCGUACUUUACAUACUAGGUAGUAAGGGCUGUACUAUGGUACACUCCCAAAGACCCUUGCUCAGCUUAUGGAGCCAAGAAUGCCUACCGAUCUCCUCCAUCGGAUUUCCAUUGAAG